GCUUUUCUUUUUUUGAUAGCAAUCAAGUCAAACCAUUGUAGGGUAGGCUACCCCAAUCCAAACUUUCCCGCCAGUACCUGUCAAAAAUACCGAUCACUGAGAGCGCAAAUGGCACCAAACCCAUAUCUCUCUCUCUCUCUCUCUCUAUCUCUCUCUCUCUCUCUCUCUCUCUCAUGGACGCUCUCUACAACACUCACGUAAAGCUUCUAGCUUUCGACUUCCUCUCUCUCACUCCAUCUUCCUCAGACCCAACCUCCUUUUCCCGCAAACCCUCUCCUCUCUUCUUCUCCCGCGCCGAAACCCUAGGCGUCGUCACAACCCGAGAGCUCAAACCCAACAGAUUCCUCAAAUUCACAAUCGACGAUGGCACUGGCUGCAUUCCCUGCAUCCUCUGGCUUAACCAUCUCACUUCCCCCUACUUCUCCCGCCGAAGCCCCCCAGAUGUUCGACUAAUUGCCUCUGUGGCCGCCCGAUUCGCCUCCCAAAUCCAACUCGGUGUUGUCGCCAGGGUUCGCGGCAAGAUCACUGCCUACAGAGGAUCGGUUCAGAUUACGGUUUCUGAUAUUGUCGUCGAGCGAGACCCCAAUGUGGAGAUUUUGCAUUGGUUGGAUUGUGUUAAGCUGGCGCGCAAGUGUUAUGAUGUGGUAAAACAUAACCCCAUUGUGAUGAUUUGAAGAUGCUAGGUAUGGGUUUCUUGUUUCUUGUGAAAUUGUGUUUUGCAAUUUGCAUUACUGUGUUGUGUAAUUUAUAAGAUUUUGAUGAUCAAAUUUGCAAAUGUGAGCUAUGUUUUAUUUUAUGUGUAUAUUUGAUAAUGGUAA